UAUCGCGGUAGGACGGGUUCCUUUGACAUUGCAGGAGGAGGGGCGGUGACAGGAGGAUUACAAAACGUGCAGACUGGAUCCAAAAUAAUAUUUCGACUUUCAAGUAUUUUUUUUUCAUCUGGCAAGAUUAUUUUUCAAUAGAGGAAAAUGUAUCGGCGAGUUAUGCAAUCUGCUGUAAGGAGCGGCGUCUCUUUUACUUCACACUGCGGGACGCUUGUCAAGACUCGGCAGAUGGGAGCUUGUUUAUCCAGAACCCUUGAAGUUCACAGAAGAAUGGAGCUGUGUUCCUGGCCACUGUCUCAGAGCAGGACAUUUCACAGCACUGCACAGCUCUUCUCAGUAAAACAGACACCACAGGCGUCAGAAGAAGAAGUGGGAGCUUUCACCAAACUUAUUGAAGCCAUGGGAUUCACUGGUCCUCUCAAAUAUAAUAAAUGGAAAAUUAAGAUUGCUGCAUUGCGCAUGUACACCUGCUGUGUGGAAAGAAUUAACUAUGAUGACUUUUUUGAAAAGUGUUCCCUCCCAGACACACUCAACUCCUGGUUUCUUGUGGCCCAGCUCCAUGUCUGGAUGUGCCUCGUGCGAAUGAGACAGGAGGGCCGUGCGGGGAAGUACAUGUGCCGCUACAUCGUGCACUCCAUGUGGGAGGAUGUGGAGCAGCGCGGGAAGAUAAUGGGGAUCGACUCCGUUGCCCUGAAGGCGAGCAUGAGGGCCAUGACACAGAACUUCUACGCUGCUAUAUUUGGCUAUGAUGAGGGAGUACUGUCUGAUGACCGAGUCCUGGCCGCCGCGCUCUGGAGGAACCUGUUCAACAGGCAGUGCGAGGACCCGCGGCAGCUGGAGCUGAUGGUGGAAUACGUCCGAAAACAGAUGCAGUACAUUGAUUCACUGGAUGGUGAGGACCUGUUGCUGACUGGGGAGGUCAAAUGGCGCCCCCUAGUAGAAGAGAAUGCACAGAGCAUCCUGAAGCCCACCAGCCCCACUUACAAUGAUGCUGGUCUCUAACACUUGUUUCCCCCUUGUUGUCACUCUGAGGACAGUGCAGGUCUCUGUUGAUAGGAUAUACACUAGACAGACUCCCUCUCUGACACCCACUUAACCCCUGAUCUCCCCUUUCCCAAAAAAGCAGGGAGAGCAGUUUGAGAGAACUCUAAAGGUAUGGACAGUCAGUGGAUAUAUUUGUGAGAUGUUGCACAAUCAUUUUUGCUGAAGGGAUGUGAUUUUACAGUUGUAACAUUAGAAAGUUAUAAGUAUAAACCUUCGUAUUUACCUUCUGCUGCAAGGUUGUCACAGCACUUUAUGCAUUCAGUGUUUUUCUGGGAAAAUUUAAGGCCUUUCAAGAUGGAAGAGCUUUCUUUUCUAUGGAAGCAGGCUUUUUUGAAAUAAAAGAUUUUGUCUAACUGUAA